GGAACCCGAUGACGCAGUCCACACGAUGGAAACCAUCAUGAACUUUUUGACUCCCAAGGUGCAGAGAUUUUUGCAUUACGUGCAGAAAACGUUCUCGGGCAAGGAUGCCAAGGAUAUUUGCUGCUUGGUCUUCGUUGAGCGCCGGUAUACGAGCAAAUGCAUAUACCAAUUGUUGAAGAAGUUCAUUGCGGUUAUUCCGGCGCUGCGCGAUGUUCUCGUGCCGCAGUUUAUGGUUGGCCGCAACUCAGUUUCAGCGGAUUGUGAGAGCGUCCUGGAGCGCAAGUGGCAAAAGUCGGCCAUUCAUCAAUUUAGGGAUGGCGAAGCCAACCUGAUGGUCUGUUCGAGCGUUCUAGAGGAAGGCAUCGAUGUAAAGGCCUGCAAUUACGUGUUGAUCCUGGAUCCAUUAAAGACAUUUAACAUGUACGUGCAGACGAAGGGGCGGGCUCGAUCCAAGGAGGCCCAGUUUGUGCUUUUUUCCUCAGAGCUUGACCGCAUAAAAACCAACCAACAAAUCAAUCAAUAUCGCCAAGCCCAUAACGACAUCGGAGAGUAUUUAAAGGAUCGCGUCCUGGAUCGGGCCGAACCCCUGAUGCAAGAGAUAGCCGAUCACUUCCACGAAUUGAUCCCACCAUUUAUAAACGAAAAAGGUGCCGUGCUGCUGCCUAGCAGUGCCCUGAUGCUGCUCCACCGCUACUGCCAGAGCCUGCCCUCGGAUGCAUUCGGCUUUGUGGAGCCCUGGAUCACACUAAUCAGUUGGGACCAGAAGCGGGAACUCUUUGGCACACAGGCCGCAAGCAAAGAAGUCGUCUCUAUCGAACUUCCACUCAGCUCGUCCGUGCGGGACAAAAUUUAUAGCGAUCCCAUGACUUCCGUUAAGGCGGCAAAAAUAUCGGCAGCCUUUAAGACCUGCAUUAAACUGUACUCCACGGGGGAGCUCAACGAGCGUUUCCUACCCGUCACGCUUAAGGACCGGGUGACGGCGAUAGCCGACUUUCACUUUGACCACUGGAAGAAAUACAGCGACGAUGUUAUCGAUACGGUAAACUCAGGGCCCAUUACAUGUGCAGGUUAGGGAGCACCCGCGAGAGCUGGCUAUUGCAAGUGCGGAGCAGCUGGAGCAA